UUUGAAAUCAGUUAGCUUGCCUAGUUUCUACAUAGCUCAUUGCUAUGUAGAAUUUGCCUAGCAGACUUCAUGCCCUGGGUUUGAUGGAAGCAUGGAAGGUGGAUGUUGAAAGUAGAGGUAGGUCUUUUGAUACUAAGAUGCUUAUGUAAUUCUAUAGCAGGUAAUUUUCUGUCUAGAAGAUCCAAGUGUUUGAUCCUUUUACACCUACCAGGAAUCUUCAUUUUUACAACAUAGAGAUCUCCCUGCCUCUGCCUUCCAAGUGUUGGAAUUAAAGGUCUGUGCCACCACCGCCUAGCUAGGUAUGGUGCUCUUUAGACUUCACAGUCAUAGCAGUAUCACCACUGUCUUAAUUCAAGAAUAUUUUUCUUUUUCCAAAAGAAGUCCUAUUUCCAGUAGUCACCAUAGUAGUCAUUCCUUAUAAUUUAUCUUCUUCCCAUGCCUUAGCAUAUACCAGCUGACUUUCUGUCUAUGGAUUUGCCUAUCAUGAACAUUUCUUAUAAAUGGAAUCACACAACACUGGCCUUUUGUGUCUAAUGUAUUUUCAUUUAGCAUAAUAUUCUCCAGCUUCAUCUGUGUUGUAGCCUGUACCAGUAAUUUGUUCAUUUUUAACAGAACAGUAUUUUGUUGUGUGAUUAUAUUGUCUGGCAUUGAGUUAUUUUUACUUACUGGCUAGUACAAGUAUUCAUCUGCAUGGGCACCAAGUUUUAUAUGGAAUAGGUUUUCAGUUCUCUUGAGUGAACAUUUAGGAAUGGAAUUGAUGCAUAAUGUUCAAUGUUUAACUUUUGUUUGUUUAAUGCAGGUUUCAUGUAGUAGCACAAGUUGGUCUCAAACUCUCUGUGAGGACAAGGCUGGACUUAAGCUCCUGGUCCUCGUGCUUCUACCUCCUGAGUAUUGGGAUUACGGGCAUGGUCCACUACUUUUGGCUUAUUUUCUUUCCUUCCCCUUCAGAUAUGGAAUUAAUACUCCAGUAUUACCCACCAUCACAUUCUGACAAAUAUGUUGACAGGCAGUUUCUGUUUUGUGGAAUUAUAGGGUGUUUUGGGUUUUUCUCUUCUUUUUGUUAAUGUUUUUCUUUUUAUUUAUGUAUAUGGGUGUUUCACCCCCAUGGAAAUCUGCAUGGAGGCUACAAGAUGUGUUGAAGCUUCUGGAACUGGAGUUACAGGCAGUUGUGAGCCACCAUAUGGGUUCUGGGAAUUGAACCUAUGUUUUCUGGAAAAGCAGGCAGUGUUUUUAACCAUUGAACCAUCUCUUCAGACCCCUUUUCUUUUUUUUUUUCUUUGUUUUUUUGAGGCACAAUUUCAUGUAGCUCAAACUGGUCUUGAGCACUGUGUAGCUGAAGAUUGUUCUGAGCUCCUGAUCUUACAGAGCCAAGGCCUUGCUGUAUAGACGAAGAGGCCUCAAACUCACUUAUCCUCCUGCCUCCUCAGUGUUGGCAUUAAGUCUGUGCCCAUACCUGGCUGCCUGACUUCUCAACUUCAUUCUCCAGUCUCCAUUAGUGAGCAUCUGGGGAAAAGAAGGAAUCAAAAGAUGUAACUUUGAACACUCUUACAAAAUUUUGAUCUCUGGCCUUGCUGCUCUUGUGGUAGAAUAUGGUUUCUAGUUUUAGGGUUUCUGAAUUACAAGUGUUACUGGGCUUUGCUGGACGGAAUAAAAGUGGGCGCAAGCAUGACCUCCUGAUGAGGGCGUUGCAUCUAUUGAAGAGUGGCUGCAGCCCUGCGGUUCAGAUUAAAAUUCGAGAAUUAUAUAGACGCCGAUACCCACGGACACUUGAAGGACUUUCUGAUCUAUCCACAAUCAAAUCAUCGGUUUUCAGUUUGGAUGGUAGUUCAUCACCAGUAGAACCUGAUUUGGCUGUGGCUGGAAUCCACUCGUUGCCUUCUACUUCAAUCACACCUCAUUCACCGUCAUCUCCUGUUGGUUCUGUGCUGCUUCAAGACACUAAACCCACAUUUGAGAUGCAGCAACCAUCUCCUCCCAUUCCUCCUGUCCAUCCUGACGUGCAGUUAAAGAACUUGCCCUUCUAUGACGUCCUUGAUGUUCUCAUCAAGCCCACAAGUUUAGUUCAAAGCAGUAUCCAACGGUUUCAAGAGAAGUUUUUUAUUUUUGCUUUGACACCUCAACAAGUUAGAGAGAUAUGCAUCUCAAGGGAUUUUUUGCCAGGUGGCAGGAGAGAUUACACAGUCCAAGUUCAGCUGCGACUUUGCUUGGCAGAGACCAGUUGCCCUCAAGAAGAUAACUAUCCCAAUAGUUUGUGUAUAAAAGUAAAUGGGAAACUCUUUCCUUUGCCUGGCUAUGCGCCACCACCUAAAAAUGGGAUUGAACAGAAGCGCCCUGGACGACCCUUGAAUAUUACAUCUUUAGUUAGGUUGUCUUCAGCUGUGCCAAAUCAGAUUUCUAUUUCUUGGGCAUCUGAAAUUGGAAAGAAUUACUCCAUGUCUGUGUAUCUUGUACGACAGCUCACAUCAGCCAUGUUAUUACAGAGAUUAAAAAUGAAAGGUAUUAGAAAUCCUGAUCAUUCCAGAGCACUAAUUAAAGAAAAACUUACUGCAGAUCCUGAUAGUGAAAUUGCUACAACUAGUCUUCGAGUGUCUUUGAUGUGCCCUUUAGGAAAAAUGAGGUUGACAAUUCCAUGCCGCGCAGUGACGUGUACACAUCUGCAGUGUUUUGAUGCUGCCCUUUAUCUUCAAAUGAAUGAGAAGAAGCCUACCUGGAUUUGUCCUGUCUGUGACAAAAAGGCUGCCUAUGAAAGUCUGAUAUUAGAUGGGCUUUUCAUGGAAAUCCUCAAUGACUGUUCUGAUGUGGAUGAGAUCAAAUUCCAAGAAGAUGGUUCUUGGUGUCCCAUGAGACCUAAGAAAGAAGCUAUGAAAGUAGCCAGCCAGCCCUGUACAAAAAUAGAAAGUUCAAGUGUCUUUAGUAAACCUUGUUCAGUGACUGUAGCCAGUGAUGCAAGCAAGAAGAAGAUAGAUGUUAUUGAUCUAACAAUAGAGAGUUCUUCUGAUGAAGAUGAAGGCCCUCCUGCCAAAAGGAAAUGCAUCUUUAUGUCUGAAACACAAAGCAGUCCAACCAAAGGGGUUCUCAUGUAUCAGCCAUCUUCUGUAAGGGUGCCCAGUGUGACUUCUGUCGAUCCUGCUGCUAUUCCACCAUCAUUAACAGACUACUCAGUACCAUUCCACCACACGCCAGUGUCAAGCAUGUCAUCAGAUUUGCCAGGUUUGGAUUUUCUUUCCCUUAUUCCAGUUGAUACCCAGCAGUACUGUCCUCCUAUGUUUUUGGAUAGUCUCACCUCACCCUUAACAGCAAGCAGUACGUCUGUCACCACCACCAGCCCCCAUGAAAGCAGUACUCAUGUUAGUUCAUCCAGCAGCAGAAGUGAGACAGGGCUCAUAACCAGCAGUGGGAGUAACAUUCCUGACGUCAUCUCUUUGGACUAAAGGCGGACACACUUGAUUCUGGGAAUCAUUCAUCAAAACUACUUUUUCUUGGAUGUCUAGUCCAUGGAUGCUAAUUUUUGCAAUUUAAUAUUUAUUGAAAUGUCAAAUGGAUUCUUUGCUUUCUGAGAGAUGAACACAGAUGACUCCAGCAAGAACCAGAUGACAUGCAAGGACUUUUCUUACGCUGUACACUGAACAUCAGAUAUAUUUCCUCUACAGCAGUGUCUUCUGGAACAGUGGAUUUCAGUUUCUACCUUACUGGAUGGAUUCUACAAACCAGUUAAUCUUUUGUUACAAUAAACAGCAAUAAAAUUAUGUAAAUAGUUAAACUUUUGUAAUUAAAGAUGUAAUCACUGAUCUAGAAUAACAGCAACUUCUGUUUAAUAUGAAGGAAAAUAGGUGGGAAGAAGUCGUGUUUCCUGAAUGAAUACUUUCUAUAGAGAUUUGUUCUAUUUUGUUGAAGUAAUGAAUUUUCAGUAACUGGCCAGAACCUGUGUUCUACUUUUCUUCUUUCAGUUCUGUGUUCUUCAUGAUCCCAUCAAAGAAAAUUUUCUCCUGUCCUUAAGCAUUCACACUGUUUGCUGAUAUAUGCAGAGGAAGUGCCGGGAUUUGGUCGCUCUUUUAGUGAUUAUGUUUAAGAACAUGACACAGAUUUUAUUCUGAUAUAAUGUGUUUUUGUUUUUUUUGUUUUGUUUUGUUGGGUUUUUUUGUUACCUUAUUCUAGAAUUUUCUAAAAAUUCAAAAAUUCAAGACUUUUUUUUUUUUUUUUUUUUUUUUAAGAAAGAAACUCUAGAGCCUUUAAAUGAAAUGUGCUUGAGUUACCUGGUAGAAUUUUCUUUAUGAUGUCCAGAGAUAACAUAAUAGUUGGGAAGCACCAGAACAUAUUUAGGAGAGGUGGAAAUAACUAUGUUCUUCCUGAGAAUUUAAGGGGUUUCAUGUAUUUUAUUGACUAGUACAGUAUACUAUCUUGGGUGUAACUUUUUGCCUUUGAAUGGCAUUAAUAAAUUAUAUUUAGGGAUUCUGA